CGUCAUCAUGAAAACACGGCGCCGCUAAGGCAGCCAGCUAUCAACUGGCGCACCGAGUGACGAGCUCUUAAAAGGGGGGAAAACGAGGAAUAUAUCAAUGACUGACGUGAUGUAUGGUGUGUUUCAUCUACCUUCCGAGGCACUGAGUGAUUUUUUUCUAUUAAAAAAGCAGUAAGGGCGAGAGGGAAAAGCGGAGUCCUUUGAGGCCGCACACGCCCGAGAGAGACCUCGGUCUUUCCUUGUGUCGACGGCGGCCUAGAGAGGGAGCAGCGCCGGCCGAGUGGACUGACCGUCCCCCACCGAUUUAGCUGGCGUGUGGUGACACACGGAGGUGGCAGGUACCCAGCCAGAGACACGGGGAGCAGGAUAGGGAAGGAAGGUGGAGAGGGUGUCACAGGGCUGGCAGAGAAGAUGUCGGGCAGCCCUGAGAAGAGUGCCUCUGCGCAGGAGCUGAAGGAGCAGGGCAACCGGCUCUUCCUCAACCGCAAGUAUCAGGAGGCGGCGGUGUGCUACAGCAAAGCAAUCAACCGAAACCCUUCUGUAGCCGUGUACUACACCAACCGGGCUCUCUGCUACGUCAAGCUACAGCAGCACGACAAAGCGCUGGGCGACUGCAAGCACGCCCUGGAGCUGGACAGCCAGUCGGUCAAGGCGCACUUCUUCCUGGGCCAGUGUCACCUGGAGCUGGAGAAUUACGACGAGGCCAUUGGCAACUUGCAGAGAGCCUACAACCUGGCGAAAGAGCAGCGUUUGAACUUUGGAGAUGACAUCCCCAGUGCGCUCAGAAUAGCCAAGAAGAAGCGCUGGAACAGCAUCGAAGAGAAGCGCAUCAGUCAGGAAAACGAGUUGCAUGCCUAUCUCACCAAACUAAUUCUGGCUGAAAAGGAGAGGGAAUUGGAAGAGUGGCGGAAAAAACAAGACGAGGGCUUGGAAGACGGCAGAAACCGCAGCGAAGGAGCCAAGAUCCAGUCCAAACACGACAAAUACCUGUCAGACAUGGACGAACUCUUCUCACAGGUGGACGAGAAGAGGAAGAAACGUGAGAUUCCCGACUACUUGUGCGGCAAGAUCAGUUUUGAGUUGAUGAGGGAGCCGUGCAUCACCCCCAGUGGGAUCACCUAUGACCGCAAAGACAUCGAGGAGCAUCUACAGCGAGUGGGACAUUUCGACCCCGUUACCCGAAGUCCUCUGACCCAAGAUCAGCUGAUUCCCAACCUGGCUAUGAAGGAAGUAAUAGAUGCCUUUAUCCUGGAGAACGGCUGGGUUGAGGACUACUGAGCCCAGAAGAGCAGGAGGAGGAGAGUGAAAAAGGAAAACGAAAAAGAACCAGGAUAAAAUGGAGGAGGAAAACAAUCUUACAUGGCCUCCUGGGUUUGCACUUUAAACACACAGGCAGCAAAUCAGCCUGCCAGAGGGGAGCAAAGAGCUUCGACUGUAACCUUCAUCAGUACUUCUCCACUUUUUCAAUCUCCUGUCCCCAUCGUUGUCUCUGCCUGCAAAGCCCCAACCCCUGCCUAACCCCAUAUAACUGGCCUCACCCAGAGUGUUUUAUUUACAGUUCAUCCUAUUAAAGUACAAAUUUGCUUUUAUCACAGUCCUGUUCGCACAUUAACUGUUCUGCCAUAUUGUUUUCUUUUCUUCUUUUGUUUCAUUUAAUGUUCCUUCCUAUUCUUAAAAAUUAAACCAAUCCUUUAUCUGUUCCUCUCUGUUGCAGAUGGAAAUCGUUCUGUUGACCUUAAAUACCAAAAAGACUAUCACGAUAUUUUACAAUCAAUGUUUUAGAAAUGUCUCAAACAGCUGGUUACUCUGCCCAAAGGCUUCUUUAAACUAGAUAUUUGCAGUGUAUGGAGCAUAAUGUAAAGUCAGUGAUAAGUCCACUGUGGCUUUGAAAGCUGUCCUAGAUGGUAUAACAAUUCAAGGAAGGUUGUAAGCCUUAUCUGGUAAUGCAAGAGACCUGGUUUGCCCUUAUCCUGUUCUUGAAGGAGGUUGCUAAAUCUCCACAUAAAAUUUCACUCCUCUGUGAAACAAUCCCUUUUCUCUGGACAAUACUGCUGUCGUUGAAGACAUCGAGACCAUACCUUUAUCCUGCGGUUUAGUGUGUUGUUUUUUUUUUUUUUGGCAUGCAGAAUGGAUCCUAGAAUGCAAUUUGUGUCUUUCUGCAGUUUUUUUUUUUUCCUUUUUCCAUUUUUCCUACAGAUCCUGGAGAGGCAUAGAUGUCUGGGAAUGUACAUGUGAUUGCGCUUGCAGUAAAUAUGUCUGCUGUAUGUGUAUCUUUAAGUGUGUUGGGUGUAAGAUGAACAUGUGGAUGAUGCUGGCCAGCUUUGCAGUGUGGAAACAGAAAGGCAUGCGUUAUCUCCUCUGCAGCUUGAGGUGUCACGAAGAGGUCUGGUCUACAGGGUCUGCGCAUAGUGGUCUGGACUGUUCGGGAGGACCGGAUUAUGCGGUGGUCUGGACUGCUUGGUUGGGGGCUGGGUAACACAGCAGUCUGGGGACUGUAUGUCAUGGUGAGCUUAACUGCUUAGUCAGGACUGUUUGGUUAGGGACUGGGUGUCACAGACGAUUUGACUGCUUAGUCUGGGGCCAGGUAACAUGGCGCUAUGGACUGCUCGGUCAGGGACUGCGUGUCCUGGUGGGCUUGACUGCUUGGAUCGGGGCCAAGUUCUGUGAUGAUCUGGAACUCUAGGCUGCAUAGUAGUCGUGCCUGGGUCAGGAGGUGGCCUUGACCUCUGACUUGGCAGAUGCUCAUUGGUGGUCAGGGCUGUCAACGUGUCACUGACUUCCUGCCUUUAGUGGUUAACAGCCAGUAAGAGGUGCUGCAGAACAUUUUGAAAACACAAUUCAGAAUAAAUUAUUCAUAAUUGUAUAAUGGAUUGAAAUAUCCGUCAGACGAAAAACAUACUAUUCAUUACAGUUUUGAUCCGUGGGUGUAUUUGUACGUACACACACGUCUAUUGAAUUUCCAUCUACACUGAGAAGUGCGUCUCCUUUGUGUGUGUGCAUGUAUGUGUUUGGAGGUUGUACUGUGCAUUGAAUACAAAUUAAAUACCUGCAAGCAACAAGGGACUUGAUUAAUGGUGUAUCCAUGCGCGUCAUCCCAUGUUCCCAUUUCCUGUGGGAUCAAUUUUGAAAUGGUUAGUACCUGUAGGGGAAUGCAAUCUGUUUUUGGGGAAGGGAUGUUCAGCCAUUGUGUCAUCGUGUGACUGUAAAUCUUCAUCACUGUCUUAUCAGUACAACUGUUAAGUGUUAAAGAUAAUAGUUAUGGUGUGGUUGUGUCACACUAAAGUAUAAAAUUGAGAUUUUAACCUGCUAAAUCUCAUGUUUGGCUGGUAGGUUUAUUUUUCCAGUGAGAAGAUCUGACUUUCAAAGAGGCUGAUAUGAUGUAAAUAUUAUGCUCAGAACUUGCAGCAUUUUUUUAAGGUGUCAGAGUUGUAAAAAUUGUUUGGAUUUUCUUGGACCGUUAGUACUAUGCAAUUCAGUAGAAAGAGAGGCUGAUGAAAUUGCUUAGUAUGACUUGGUUGUGUCUUUCCUGAGUAUUCGGUUGAAGGCCUCAUCCAUUCAAAUUAUCCCUAACAUAAAAUUGGGACACUGUAAGUAAAUCAUGCCAGUUAAAAGCUGUAGAUGCUUUUUACUCGCAGGACUGAAUGGAAGACACUGUUACAUUUGUAUGAAUUUAAGUGCAGCAUUGUGAAAUUACUAUAACAUAAAAUUCUUAACUUUAGUACAUUGAAAAUCUGAGAGACCACAUUUUUUUUCUAUUCUGCUGAAAGGAAAUUGAGUCUUGUCUCACAGAUCCAUCUUGGAAUUUGGUUAUGUCAUGUUUUAUUUUAUUUUUUUUAAAGUCCAUACCUUGUUGUCUGCCUCUCUGGGCUUAUGUUUGAGUCUCUGAUUAUAUAUGAGGUUGUGACGAAUUAUAUAUGUGUAUAUGCUUGUGUUUUGGACAAAAUGAUAGCUGUGACAUUAUAGUGCAUUUUCUCUGACGGCUGGUUUUGUUUUUCUUGCCUGUAUGGAUUUCAGGUAGGAUAUCUGUGGGUUUCUUGACACUUUACAUUGUACCAUUCCACAAUUAAUUCCUAGUGAAAAUAAUUUAUUUUUGUGAUUUGCAGAUGGUUUCCCUUUAAUGUAAUGAUUAGUAAAUUAAGACCAAAAUUUGCAAAAUUGGGCAUUUUCAUAAACCUGAUAUGCUAUAAGCAAAUCCUGGGGUCUCAGUUUUGUAUGUGAUUCGCCCAGAGUAGGUCAACUACAGGAUCGCGUUACCUGGGCAAUUGUUAAAGCCAAUUAAUUAAUGCUAAUUUGGCCGUUCGGUUUCGCUACAUUUCAAAUGUGCUGUGCUCUGUGGAGGACAUAUGAAAUUAAUAUGCUGUUCUUUUUUGUCUUGAUUUACUUCUAACUGUGUGUAUUCAAAAUAUUUAAUGUAAGCAUCCUUAGCAAGUGGGAGGGGACACAUGCAGAUUUGAAUUGGAUAUUGACAGAAGUUGUCCUGUAAACUUCCCAUGGGAGAAGCGUCUUGAAGAGAACUUCACUCCUUCGUGGUCCUUUGCUGGUUUACGCGGAAGCUGGAUCUACCGAUGUGACCUAAAGUUCUGUCCGCUUUCUGCUCAUGUGGAGAAGAUGCCAAACAAAGCUGCUGGGACUGAAUUGCAUUCUGUGGAUCUGAUUUGGCUCAUUCUAUAGUGGCACUUUCUCUGAGAGCAAUCUUUGAAAUUCCUUACCAGUGUGGAUGGAAGCUAAAACUUCCUUGAGUGUAUCCUGUAUAUUUAGUUGCAUUUAGGACCCUGAUGACACGUGGAUAAUCCCGCUGACUUUGAUCCUGGGUAGCUCCUUACUGCGAUGAAAUCUCAGAAUGACGACGCCUUAUUUACCAACGGGCCUCUUGGCAGUUACCUGAUUUGCAAAUGGAUUAUAGAGUCGUGUGACAGACUAUCUAUGGAGCCGGUGGUCUUACUGUGAAGCCAGCAACCCUGUGUGUGGUGGAGCACUUCUGUAGUCCUUGGGACAGUUCUACCGUGGUAAUAAUGUUGGGUUCACUCUGAAUGUCGCACAGCACGAUGAUACAGAUACAUGUGUCAUGCUGUAAUACAGUGUUAAUAUGUAAUGCUUAUGAGUUAAUAAACAAUUGACAAACGA